CCUAGUUCCUCUCUUCAUCAUUCUCUCUCAUGAUGAGUGACGUCAGAUAUCAAGGUACGCUUUUCCUACUACUUCUCUUUCUCGACCAAGACCAAAACGGAAGAGCUGAAGCGAACUUAGACCCAACAACAAAUAGCGGUGCUACAACCGCUAAAACGCAAUGCAUAUCGCGGCCAAAUAGCGGCCAAUCUCGACGAUAUUAGCGGGAACGAUAUUUAGGUCCGCUAUACAGAACCGCUAUUUAGGCUAGGGCCGCGAACCGAGAUUGUGAAGCUUAUGUGUUUUCAGAAAUAACCACAUCAUUGUUUGUUAUCGUUCUAUUUGCAGUUUGAAGCUGUGAAUCUCUCUUUCUCUCUCUCUCUCUCUCUCUCUCUCUCUCUCUACACCAAUGGAGUUUUGGGGUGUUGCGGUCAAAGGCAGGCAAUCUUUUCAUGUAAAGAUUGGGGAACGCGGUUUUGUGAAUCUUUCUCGGGCUUCACUCGGUUCUGAAGCACAAGAGCCUGUUAUUGUGUACUUAACUGUCAAGAAAAAAAAACAAUUACUUGCAACUCUCAAUCCUAUGUUGCUGCCAGAAGAAGAGUUGAACUUGACAUUUGUCCAAGACUUCGAAAUAAGUCACAACCUCAGAAAUGGCAGUGUUUUUUUCUUUGGAAGCAAAAAUAAACACACACCAAAGAAGGAAGAAGGAAGUAAUGUGGAGAAAGCGAGGGUUGCAGCAUAUUUUAAUAAAGAAGGGGUGAGUGGUUUGCUGCUCAUAGGAGUGUUUGGUUACAUAAGAGAGGUCUUUCACUAA